AUGCCUGUAUAUAUCGCAGCUCAAGGCCUUUUCGAAGGCCUGGGUACCAUUCCUUACAUAUGGACAAUUUUGAAGACGUUGCCAUGGCUGUUCCUGGUCUACCUCUUGAAGCGCUAUCUAGGCGGAGCAACGAACAGCUCAGAGCGCUUGAUGCAUUCGAAGGUGGUCAUGAUGACGGGAGGGACGUCAGGCAUUGGCGCUGCAAUCGCACGAGGUCUUGCAGAGAGAGGAGCACAGCUGGUGCUGCUGACCCAGCAUCCGCUGACUGACCCUUUCCUCGCCGACUACGUUAUGGACCUCCGCACUCAAACGAACAACGAGCUCAUCACUGCCGAACACGUCGAUCUCAACUCACUACACAGCAUACGGCUCUUCGCCACGAAAUGGGUAGACAACGCGCCACCGCGCCGGCUAGAUAUGAUCAUCCUUUGCGCCAACACUCUCACUCCUCGCGGUGGCAGAGCUACGACUACAGAGGACGGGCUCGAGUCGAACUGGGGCCUGAACUACAUGGCCAAUUUCCACCUUCUCAGCAUCUUGAGCCCCGCCCUGCGAGCGCAGCCGCCCGACCGCGACGUCCGUAUCAUCUUCGGCACCUGCAGCUCCUACAUGGGCGGUAUCCUUCCAGACCUCAGCAAGGACGACAAAGCCAGCGGCAAGUCCAAACCUAAGAGCUCACGACAGUCGCCACACUCCACUGCCCUGGCGUUCACUCCUGCAUCUGCCUACGCCACCUCCAAGCUUGCUCUUAUGACCUUCGCUUCCGCCUUCCAGAAACACCUCAAUUCCUACUCUCGACCGGACAAGCAACCCAUGAACGCACGCGUGCUGGUUGUAGACCCCGGCUGGACACGGACGCCGGGUAUGCGGCGCUACCUCACCUUCGGCAGUCUUUGGGGUCUGGCGAUCUAUCUAGUAUCGUGGCCGCUUUGGUGGCUGGUGCUGAAGAGCCCUGAGGAGGGUGCACAGAGUUUUUUGUAUGCAGCUAUGGAAGCGAGGUUUGGUAGGGGCGCAGGGGGGUGGUUCAUCAAGGAGUGCAGGGAGGUCAGAUUGGCGAGGAGCGAGAUUGAGGACGAGAACGUCCAGAAGAGUUUGUGGGAGGCUACUGAAAAUACGAUUGAGGCUUUGGAGAAAGAGGGGGCUGCAGCACGAGCGAGAGAGAAGAAAGCAAAGGAAGGUCAAGAAACGAACGUAAUAAAGAGCAAGGACGGUACUGAAAAGGCCUCGGAGGUAUCUAGUACUAAACCUAUGGUAGAUGGAAACAUAGGGUCGAAGAAGCCUGGAUCUCGAAGAAGUAAAAAAGGAGGUUAG